AUGGAGCGGGAUAAUAAGAGCACUGAUGCAACCAUGGAGUUCCUCCUGCUCGGCUUCUCCGAGCUGCUCUGUCUGCGGGUCCUCCUCUUCCUUAUCUUUCUCGUUGUCCAUUUGGUCACAUUGGCAGGGAAUGUGAUGAUCUUCAUGGCAGUGGUUAUGGAGCCUUCCCGUCCUCCCAUGCUCUUCUUCCUCUGUCAGCUCUCCGUCAUCGAGCUCUGCUAUACCUUGGUCAUUGUCCCUAAGGCACUGUUCAGCCUGAUGGUGGGCGGUAUCACCAUCUCUUUCCUCGGCUGUGCCGCACAGAUGCACCUUUUUGUGGCACUCGGGGGAGCCGAAUGCUUCCUCCUGGUAGCCAUGUCCUACGACCGCUACGUUGCCAUCUGCCAGCCGCUGCGCUACGCGGCCGUGAUGAGCGAAGGCUUCUGCCUCAGGCUGGCUCUGGCAUGCUGUCUGGGAGCCUUUGCUGUUGCCCUGGGGUUGACGGUGGCUGUUUUCCGCUUACCGUUCUGUCAGUCUCAUCGUAUCAACCACUUCUUCUGUGACGUCUCUGCUGUGCUGUACCUGGCCUGUACACAGAGUUACAGCCCUGAGCUGCCCUUGCUAGCUGCCUGCGUGCUCAUCCUGCUGCUCCCCUUCCUCCUAAUCCUGACCUCAUACGUUUACAUCGCUGCUGCUUUGUUACAUGUCACCUCCCCUGUGGGAAGAGGCAAGGCCUUUUCCACCUGCAUUUCACACCUGGCCAUCACCUUCCUACACUACGGAUGUGCCACCUUCAUGUACAUUCGUCCUAAGUCCAGCUAUUCGCCAGCUCGAGACAAGAUGGUGUCUCUGGUCUACACCAGCAUUACUCCACUACUGUAUCCCCUCAUUUAUAGCCUGAGGAACAAGGAAAUCAGAGGGGUCCUCAGGAAAAUGUUGAGCAGGAAGAAAAUAGCUCAGCUGAACCAAGAUACUAUCAGAGAUGUGAUAUGCGUGUGUGGUAAAUUUUCGUAG